AUGUCUGAUAACAUCACCAAAGAUCUUGUCUUCUUGGUAUUACAGUACUUUGAUGAGGAAGAUCUCAAGGAAGCGUCACAUGCGCUUGAGCGUGAAAGUGGGUUAUACUUUGACUUGAAAUAUUUUGAGGACAUGGUGCUUGAGGGCAUGUGGGAUGAUGCUGAGAACUAUCUGUCAGUGUUCACAAAAGUUAAGGACAAUAAUCACUCCAUCAAAAUAUACUUUGAAAUGAGGAAACAAAAAUACUUUGAGGCAUUGGACAAUAAUGAACGUUACAAGGCCUUGGAUAUCCUCUUGAAGGAUCUGAAAGUCUUUGCACGGGGGAACGAAGAGUUGUUUAAAGAACUGACUCUCCUUUUGACAGUUGAUGAUAUAAGGGAAAUUAAAUCAACAUACGAAAAUGCAAAUUCUGCUAGGAAGGAGUUGAUGGUUGAAAUUAAGAAAAUCAUAUUGCAACAUCCUCUUUUAGAUGGAAAGCUAAAUUUUCCUGUCAUUCGGAGUCACAGGCUACGCAAUCUUCUCAAUGAAAGGUUCCACUCUAUUUCUUAA